CGGGGUGUGUCACGCGGUGCGGGUGAGGCGGAGAUCACAUGAACGGUGACGCGAAGGUUGUGCGGGUCAUGUGACCGGCAGUUGCACGGAGAUGGCGGAUCGGGGGAACCCAUUUGGUGAGAUGGACAAUCCGUUUCAGGACCCGGCUGUGGUGGAACAUCGCCCCGGUAACCAGUUUGCCACCCUUGACGUCUACAACCCGUUCGAUAACCAGGGGAUCCCACCCCCGUACCAUGAACCGUCUGCAUUUCAGGCUCCGGCUACUCUCCCUACAGCCACGGCACAGCCAGCCGUCCCCGCGGUGAGGAAGAUCAGCCCGACCGAACCCAAAAACUAUGGAUCAUAUGGAACCCAGGAAACCGCAGCUGCAGCCACAGCGGAUCUUCUGAAGCGCCAGGAGGAGCUGAAUCGGAAAGCGGAAGAGCUGGACCGGCGGGAGCGAGAAUUACAGAAUGCUGCUCUGGGGGGAUCUGCAGGAAGGCAGAAUAACUGGCCUCCAUUGCCAUCCUUCUGCCCCGUCCAGCCUUGUUUCUACCAGGACAUCAGUGUGGACAUCCCACAGGACUUCCAGAAGACCGUGAAGAUCAUGUACUACGUGUGGCUGGUCAGUGCGGGCACAUUACUGCUGAACUUCCUGGGGUGUCUGGCCUGGUUCAUCUCGGACGGUAGUCAGGGCACCGGAUUCGGCAUGUCCAUCCUCUGGAUUAUCCUCUUCACGCCGUGCUCCUUCGUGUGCUGGUACAGACCUUUGUACAAGGCGUUCAAGACUGACAGCUCUUUCAAUUUCUUCGUCUUCUUCUUCAUCUUCUUUGUCCAGGAUAUUCUCUAUGUCCUGGAGGCCAUCGGCAUCCCCGGAUGGGGGUUCAGGUAGGAGCUGCAUGGGCUGAUGGGAUGCUGUGCUGCCAUUGGUGUGCAGAUGUCAUACACAUUGGGGUGUGUUGUGCCUGCCAGAUUGGGGUGUGCGUACACGGGUUUGAACACCGGGGCGUGUUUUACCACCCUGGGGAUCAUCAUGCUGAAGAGGGUCCACUCGAUUUACCGCCGAACCGGCGCCAGUUUCCAGAAGGCUCAGCAGGAGUUUGCCGCCGGUGUCUUCUCUAAUGAAACCGUGCGCAACGCAACCACCCAAGCAGCAGCGGGAGCCGCUCAAAAUGCCUUCAAGCCCCAAUAGAGGAAUCGGUCGUAGCACCAUCUUGCUGCUGCACACCGCUCUGCCGGGACCGGUCCUGUGUGAUGU